AUGUUAUUUUAUGGCUACCUUCUGAUAUAAUUCCAUUUAAAUCUAUCAAUCAAUAUUCCUUGUGAAUGUGCUCAUAUUGUUGAAUAAAAAAAGUGCAACUCUUCUCAAAAAUGUUUAUGGAAUAAUGAGAUAGAAAAAUGCCAAAUUAAUAUGAAUUCAUAAAAUAACAAUCAACCUAUAUCUUAUUGUAGUUAAUUUAUGGAAGAUGAAUGUAUUUAAAAUAAGAAAUGUGCAUUUCAUUUAGGAAUUUGUUAGGAUUUGAUAAAAUGCGAAAGUUUAUUAUCCGAAAAAUGUUUAUAAUCUUCAUUUUGGUGUGUAUCAAAUGGUUAAAAUUGCAUUCCUAAAAAUGAAUGUCAAUAUUAUAAAAAUAAAUAAGCUUGUGGUAAUCAAAAUAUUGAUGGUAAAUUUUGUAUUUGGAAAACAACAAAUAAUGAAGAAAAAUGUUAAGAUGUUGAAAAUUGUGAAGAAUUACCUUAAACAUUAAAUACAGAUAGUGAUUGUAAAUAAUAAAUUAGUAUUUGUACAGUAUAAAAUUAAGGAGGAUGUACUAAAUAAAAAGAAUAUUGUUAUUAGUAUAAAUUUAAAGAACAAUGUUUUUUAAGUUUAAAUAAUAUUAAAUGUUUUUGGGAAGAAGGAUUAGAAUAGUGCUUUGAGAAAAAAUGUUCAAAUAAAUAUUUAAUAACUCAUUAAGAAUGUUCAUAAUUUCUUUAGAAUUGUACAACAAAUGGGAUAUAAUGUAUUGAAAGAUAGGAAUGUAAAUUAUAUUAAUACUAAUCUGGUUGUGUUAUAGAUAAUAAAGAGAGACCAUGUAUAUAUUAUUAAGGAUAAUGUUAUACUAAAAAUUGUGCUUCAUCACCAGAAACAGUAAAAUCAAUGAUUGAAUGUUAAAUGUUUGACAAUUAAGAUUAAUAUUGUGUUCCUUAAAAAAAAGGAGGAUGUAAAAUCAAACCAAAUAAUUGUGAUUAAUUAGAAACAUAAGAUUCUUGUCAAAUGGUUAAUUAAUUAUCAGGUAGAUAUUGUAUAUGGAAUGAAUUAUAAUAAAUAUGUAAAAUAAAACAAUGUAUGGAUGCACCUUUAAAUUUUGAACAUGAAUAAUGCAUAAAAUGGUUAAAUGAUUAUGAUUGUAUAAGUAAACUAGGAAAUGGUUGUAUUGAUAAUGUAGAUAAUUGUAAAGAUAUAAAGAAUUUAAAGAGUUGUAUUAUAAAUAGAAAUCAUAAAAAAUGUGUAAUAGAAAAUGAUUAAUGUUAUGAAGAAGAAUGUAAGUCUUUUAAAUAUCCUAAAUAUGAUACUGAUAAAAAAUGCUCAGAUAGAUUAAAUAUUUGUACUUAUAAUUAUUUAACCAAAACUUGUGUCAAUAAAGAAUGUUAAAACUUGUCUGAGAAUGAAUGUAAUAAUGAUUAUGAAAUGAAUAAAUGUUUAUUACCAACUGGUUGUGUACAUAAAAGAUGUGAAUCAGCUUCAAUAUAUUUAAGUUCUUAUGAAGAUUGUUAAAAUUGGGAUAUAAGAUGUACAAUAAAUGUUAUUCUUACAUAAGACACAUAAUAUUUAAAUGGAUGUAUUACUAAAUUUCUAGAAUGUAAUUAAUUUAAACAUUAAUUAUAAUGUAGAUCAACUUUAUAAGGUAUUCCAUGUUAUUGGAAUAUAUAAAUUAAAUAAUGUUAAUUUUAAACGUGUGAUAAUGCUCCAAUCUCAUUUAAUACAAUAUCUUAAUGUUAAGAAUGGGUUAAAUAUCAUAAUUAGAAAUGUGUUAAUAAAUUAAACGGAGGUUGUAUUGAACAAUUUCCUUUAUGUUAAUAAUUAACUGAUGAAUUAUAGUGUAAAAUUGGUGCAUUGAAUAAUUUAUGUUUCUGGAAUAAUUAAACAUAAAAUUGUGAGGAUAGAACUUGUAUGAAUGCUAGUACAACAAUUAAUGCUAAUUUGUAAUGCAGAUAAUGGUUAUCAUCUUGUAAAUUAAAUGAUUCUGGAUUUGGAUGUGAUAUUGAUAAAGGCAUUUAUAAUUUAUGUACUGAUGCACCUGAAAUAGAAUAAUUUUCUACACAUGAAGAAUGCUAAGCAUGGAAUCCUAAAUGCACAAUUAAAUUAGGUUUAAGUUGUUCAAUUAAAUUAGAUUGUGAAAGUUAUUUAACAUAAAAUGAAUGUUUAACAGAUAUUAAUAAUCAACCAUGUAAAUGGAAUGGAUCAUCUUGUAUUAAAUAAAAGUGUAGUGAUUAUCCAGGUACUCCUUUAAAUUCAUCUGAUUGCUAAACAUUUUCUAGUAUAUGUACAAUAUCAACUUAAAAUAUUACGUGUUAAGAUAAAAAAGCAAACUGCAGUGAAUAUAUUAAAUAGACCGAUUGCAAUGUGAAUUCCGCAGGAUAAAAAUGUUAAAUGGAUGAUAGUUUAGUUUGUCAACAUAUUGCUGAUUUAAUACUUGCUAAUAAUUACAGCUGUAGUUAUGAAGAUAAAGAUAAAGGAUAUCUAUAUUAAUAUCAUAUCUCAAAUAUUUGUGUUAUUACUCCUUUAAAUUGUAACUAAAUUAAUUAAAAUGAUUGUAAUUCAAUGAUAACAAUUAAUUAAGAAAUAUGUACAUGGAAUGGUACACAAUGCUCCAUUUUUAAUUCAUAAAUAACAAAUACAUAAAUUAACUGUAGAAAAUUAAAUUAAGCAUAUUUUCUAUAAUCCUAUUGUAAAUCAUACUCUAAUUAAUGUGAAUUUGACUUUAUUUAAAUGAAUACUUGCACCUAUAAUUCAUGUUUGAAUGUUUCAAAACAUUAAUGUAAUUUUAUUACAUUGAAUAACAAUAUUCAAUGCAGUUGGAAUGUUUCAACAUGCUAAAUUAGAACUUGUUAUAAUAUGAAUGAAUAAUUUAAUUCUAUUUACUAAUGCAUAUUAUGGUUAGAUUCUUGUACUUAUGAUUAAUUAUAAAAUAUUUGUAAAGAUAGAACUUCCUGCUCUUAAGAAACAACUGAAUUAUUAUGUAAUAAAGCCUCUUACAUUACGCAGCUUGGAUUAAAAAUUUAUUGCUUUUGGAAUAUCAAUCUUUGCUCUGAUAUUACAUCAUGUUCAUAAAUCUAAAACCCUUCAUCUCAUCGAGUUUGUUAAGAUAAACUUUAAAAUUGUACUUCCCUAACAAAUCCUUCGCUUGUUACAUGUAUUGAAGCACCUUUAUUUUGCAAUUAAAUUCAAGAUUAAAUUUAAUGUUAUAGAAAUUCUAAAUUUGAAAAAUGCAGUUGGAAUCAAGGAAAAUGUUUCUAAUUAUCAUGCCUUUUAAAUUAUAAUCUGCCAAUCUAUAAUUUAUUACAAUUUUAUUAAACUUGUUAAAAUAGACAACCUUUUUGUGUAUUUGAUAUUGAAAAUAGAAAUUGUAUGGAACUUAAUGAAUGUAAAUUAAUUCCAAACUUAGUAAUAAAUGAAGAGAAUUGUGCUCGUUUUAGUCCACUUUGUAGAAUAAAUGAAUAAUAUGAUGGCUGUAUUAGAAAUACAAAAUGUUCUUAAGCAUCCACCUAUUUUUAAUAAAAUUGUGAAUUAUUUUUGUUGCAUAGAAAAUGUAGACGAAAAGAAUUUAAAUCUAGUUGUUAACCUUUAGCCAGAUUUUGUUCUUUUUAUUCAAAAUAACAGAAUUGUAAAUUUAAUUAUAAAUAGAAUAAAUGCUAUUGGUAGGCUUCUUUAAAUGUUUGUAUCAAUUUUUCUUGUAAUUCAAUUGAAGAAUAUGUUUAAACUCAUCAAGAUUGUUAACUAAUAUCACCAACUUGUACAAUUUCUAUACAAAAUUCGAUUUAUUCUUGUACAAACCUACUUGAAUGCGAUCAAUAUUAAUAUGAACAUUAAUGUGUUAUUAAUAUACAUUAGUAGUUAUGUAUUUGGAUGAAUAACUAAUGUUUACUUGAUAAUUGUAGGAAUGUGGUUACAAAUAUCAUUUAUGAUAUUUAAUUAUGUGAAUAAUAUGGUAGUAAUUGCACUAUUAAUGAAGAUAGAUCUGGUUGUAUAAUUAAAAAGCAAAUGUGUAAAUCUUACAAUCAAUUUUAAUGUUUAACUCCUGGUUAAAAAAAUUUAUUAGGUUUAUCUUGUUUUUGGGAUUAAAUAGAUUAAAUUUGUUCAGAGAUAAUUUGUGAUUAAGCUCCUUAAAAUUAUAAUUUAUUAUUUGAAUGCUAAUCUUUUAAUUAUAAUUGCUAACCUAAUUCAUGUAGAUUAGCAAAAUGUGAAGACUUCUAAUACAAAACUGAUAUAAAAUGUUCUCUUGCUUUAAUUAAUAAUAAAUGCACAACAAAUGGUUUAAGAUGUAUUGAUAGACAAUAAUGUGAAAAUGCUAUUAAUAUUGAAGCAUGCACUUACUCAAAUGAUUAUAGAGAUUGUUAAUGGUUAAUUGAUGAAAAUUACUGUGUUAUUAAAUCAUGUAAUUCAGCACCAAAAAACAUAAACAGUCAUUUUGAAUGUGAAGAUUAUUUUAUAGGAUGUACUUCUAAAUUAAAUGGAGGUUGCAUUAAAAUAACUACAUGUAAUUCUAUUUAAACUAAAGAAGGAUGUAUAUAAGAUUAAUUUGGAAUGAAUUGUUUAUGGUAAGAAAGCAAAAAUGAAUGUAUUAAUUUAAUAUGUGAAACAAUGUGUGGAGAUGGGAUCGUUGGUAAUAAUGAAGAAUGUGAUGAUGGCAAUAUAUAUCCUUAUGACGGAUGUUAUAAAUGUAAAAUAUAAUGUUAAUAUGGAUGUAAUAUAUGCAAUUAGUAAAUUUGUUUAGAUUGUUAAACAGGAUAUGAAUUAAAUUCUAAUGGUUUAUGUUAUGAAAUUUGUGGAGAUGGUUUAAUUAUUGGUAAAGAAGAAUGUGAUGAUAUGAAUAAUAUAAAAGAAGAUGGUUGUUUUAAUUGUUAAUUUUAAUGUCAUCAAUAAUGUCUAAUAUGCGCAUAAGGUAUAUGUCUACUUUGUAAUUAUGGAUGGUAAUCUUACAAUAAUUAAUGCUAAACUAUUUGUGGCAAUGGUUUAUUAGUUGAACAAUACGAAUAAUGUGAUGAUGGAAACAAUGAAAGUUUUGAUGGUUGCGAUUCAUAUUGUUAAAUAGAAAAAAAUUGGAUUUGUAAUUAAUCAUCUAUUACAGGAUUAAGUGAAUGCAUAAAUUAAGAACCUCCAUAAAUACAAUUAAGUAAUCUCUCUCAAAAAAAAGAUAGUCAAUAAAUUAUAUUAUUUUCAUUUAAUUAAAAAAUCAUAUUAAAACAACCUUGUCAAUUUGAAGAUUAUAUCAAAAUUAAUAUUACAAAUAAUACAAACUUUAAGUUUACUGUCAUCCCAAUUACUUAAGCUACAUUAACAACUUUUCACUAAGCCUAAUAUUAAAUUUGCAUUAGCUUACUAGAAUAAGUCAAAGAUCCUUAUGCAACUAUAUCAAUUCUGUAGACUAUUGUUAUUAACAAUCUAAAUCAAUAAUUAACAGACUCUUCUUAAACUAUUAGUUUAGGUACACCUUUAAUUUUAUCAGAAGAUGCAAAAAAUAGAUUAGAUAAUGCAAUACAAUUUAACGAAAUUAUGAUUUUUGUAUUUAUAGGCUCCUCCACAUUGUCAGUGUUAACUGGAAAUUUUGACUUAUUUUUCAAUAUGUUAGCACUUUUGUAAUAAUUAUCAUAUGUAAGAUAUUUAGCAGUACCUUUUCCUACUCAUUUACAGGAAUACUUAAAAGUUUUUAAAAUUAUAUCUUUUUAACCUCUUUAUGAUAAAUUAUAGAUAGACUAUUAUUUUUCUAAAUUGAAUUUUGGAAAAACACCAUUUAUUUAAUCUCACCAUUCUAAUUAAGAAGAUCCUGAAUUUAAUAAUGCCUUUUUUUUAGUAAAUGCUAAAAGCUUUUACAUAACUAUGUUUACAUCUUUUACAUUAUAUGUAACAUCUAAAAUGAUUAGAAGCCUUAGCAUCUUAAUUUAUACUAAGUUGUAGACUUUUAUAAAUUAUAAAAAGUUAAAAAUAUUCUAUAAAGGUUUUUAAUUUGUUAAAUAAUUUUCUGAAAAAACAACCAAAUACUUUUUUUAUUCAGGAAUAAUUAAAGUUUUUAUAUCCACAUAGUAUUAACUUAUGUAUAGUGCUUAUAGCUAAUUUCCAGAAUAUUAAUUUAAUAUGCAAUUUGAAGAUAUGUUUGUUACAUUUAACUCUUUUAACGCACUUUUUGCUAUUAUAUUGCCUCAUUUAUUUCUUUUUUAAUCAAUUGUGGUCCUAUAAAAAUAAUAUAAGCAAACAACCUAAAAUUAAUUCUCAAUAUUUUAUGAAAAUGUCAAAUAAACUUAUUGGGCAAGAUUUUUUAUCCCAUUUUCAAUGAUAAAAGUAGCCAUUUAUAUGGCAAUUAUUUGUUUUUUGACCAAUUCCCCUAUAAUUUAAAUUAUAUCAUUAAUUAUUUAAUCUAAUCUGUAUUUUUAUUACUUAUUAGUUGUGCGGCCAUGUAUUCAAAAAUUAGAGUUAAUUAAGAAUUUAGGAAGAGAAAUUGCUAUUUUACUUUUUUUUUCAUCCCUUUUUCCUUAUGAAUUAACAUUAAAUGAAGAAAUUAUUACUUUAUUAGGAUGGAUUCAUAUUGGAUUGUUUACACUUAUUAUAGCUUAAAAUGUUGUUUUAGAUUUCCUAAAUUAAUUAUAAUAAUUGUUAAUCCAAAUUUAAAAAAAUAGAUUAAAAAAAUAAAAAAAGUAAAAGCAAUUAGAAAAAAAUACUUAUAAAAGCUUUAUGAUUGUUUCUGAUAAUAAUAUUCAGAUUAAUAAUUGA